AUGGCCACCAUAUUAAUAUUUAGCUUAUUGUUUGCACACCACAAUCUCAGCAGAAAUGACCUCGGAGAUUAUGAAUGUCAUGUGGGAAAUGCCUCAGAAGUACCUGGCAGCAUGAGAAGCCUGGGCAUCUUGCUCAAAGCUCCUGGGACAGCAGCAACUGAAGGGAAGCUAAGCAGGAACCAAAAUGUCAUCACUUUGACAUGCUUCAGUCUUGAGAGCCCCAUGCAAGUAAGUCUGCUGUAUUCAGAGAAGGAACAUGGAGAUUUGAGAGACCAGCUGGAAAAAAAAUACACCCUGCAAGGCCUGCAAGUCAUCACCACUGCAGACAGGAGAGCUGCUACUGGCCACAGCUGUGUUUUACUAUCAGACAACAGGAAGAAAUUUCAGACCAAAUUUAUUCUCAAAGUAAAAGUGUUUCUGGUAGGAAUAUCAGAUUGUGUUAUGACAGCAAAGCUGCCCAAGCUGAAAGUGUUUGCAGAGGGUCUGACUGUCUUGCAUAAGAAAGAGAUGCUGCUCAGAAAAACACAAAGUAUCUACAUUAAAGUGUUCAUCCUGUGUUUCCUGCUAACGCCUACCUUAGCCUACAUCAUCAUCGUUAUAUGUGAAUUCCCCUGCUCAUGUCCCUGCCCUGGCUGGAUGAAGCUGCGUGACGCCGCACAGAGCGGCGGAGCAAACCUGCCUGCAGCCUCCUCGCAGAAGGAAGCAUCACACGAGGACCUGUGCACAGAAAGAUUCAAAAUCAUUGUCAUUCAUGAGACCUACCUGUGA